UAAUAGAAAUGGUUUUUUAGUUACUAUGUAAGCUUGAGGGGUUGGGUUGGUGAAAAGUGAGAAUAUAUAAAGAGAGGGACGCAGAGACCGAAGAAGGGGGGAGGAGGUAAGGAAUCAGUGUCGGUUCGCUGCUCCAUAAGAAAAAUUAUUAUAAGUGAGAAUAAGAGCAAAGUGGUGAUUAGAUUGGGAGUGGCUCUGAUUUCCAGCGGGAAAGAGCUUCGGUGAAGCAAGUCUGUGGAAGUUCAGAAGAUGGUGUUUGCUCAAUCCUGCACAUUGAUUUAUUGUAUUAUCUCUGCGCUGAUAUCGCUCAGAUCAGUGGAAUCCUAUUUUGUUGGAAUCACUUAUGUUGAAAGUGCAGUAGCCAAAGGAGCUGUUUGUUUGGAUGGGAGCCCCCCGGCGUAUCAUCUAUCCCCGGGUUUUGGUUCAGGGGUCAAUAAUUGGUUGGUUCAGAUUGAGGGUGGUGGAUGGUGCAAUAAUGUCACUACUUGUCUUGCUCGCAAAAAUACCCGCCUGGGCUCGUCCAAGGCAAUGGUAAAGCAGCUAGCAUUUUCUGGGAUUUUUAGCAACAAACAAAAUGCCAAUCCAGAUUUCUAUAAUUGGAACAAGGUCAAGGUUCGCUACUGUGAUGGUUCAUCAUUUACAGGAGAUGUUGAGAGAGUAGAUCCUGCUACAAAUCUUCACUACAGAGGAGCCAGGGUAUUUCAGGCUGUAAUGGAUGAUCUACUUGCAAAAGGGAUGAACAAAGCACAGAAUGCUCUACUAUCUGGCUGUUCAGCUGGUGGGUUAACAUCCAUACUUCAUUGUGAUAAGUUUCGUGCUCUUGUUCCUGCUGGAGCUCGAAUUAGAUGUCUUUCAGAUGCCGGGUUCUUUAUCAAUGCGAAGGAUAUCACUGGAGCCGAACACAUCAAAGCUUUCUACGAUGAUGUGGUGACAACACAUGGAUCAAGUAAAAAUUUGCCUUCUUGUUCAUCGCCAUUAUCAUCCCCUGGAAAGUGUUUUUUUCCUCAGUAUGUGGUACCUCAAGUAAGCACCCCGCUGUUCAUACUAAAUGCAGCUUAUGAUUCAUGGCAGGUAAAGAACAUUUUGGCACCAGGUGUUGCUGAUCCUCAUGGUUCCUGGCAUGAUUGCAAGCUUGACAUUAAGCAGUGUUCCAGUGUCCAACUGACAACCAUGCAAGAUUUCAGGACAGAGUUUCUAAGUGCACUAGCUGCAUCUGCCGGCUCUUCUACCACGGGUUUGUUCAUAAACUCAUGUUACGCUCAUUGCCAAUCGGAGACUCAAGAGACAUGGUUAAGAUCCGAUUCUCCAGUGCUUGGAGAUACGACAAUUGCAAAGGCAAUUGGAGAUUGGUAUUUCGAUCGGCGUCCCUUCAAGAAAAUCGACUGCCCUUACCCUUGUGAUAAAACCUGUCACAACCGCAUCUUUGAAGAUCAUUAUGAAGCAUAGCAACCAAGAAAUCAGCCACAAUUAAUCUUGUUUGCAGUAAUUUAUCUAUUGCUACAAUGACUUGCUCAUUGACAGAAAAUAAUGGCCAAUGGCACAACAGGCUACAAACCAAAUGGCUGCCAUUGUCAACGUUCUCACUGUUACUGAAUCUGUUUGUUGUUGAUCAUAUAAUUCAGUGUUUGUGUAUUGGUAUAAUAUGAGUCAGUGAUAUUCAACUCUGUUUUAUCCAUACUACUAUUGAUAUGUAAUUGCCAUUACAAUGAAAUAUGAGGACUUGAUUUGUAAGCUCUUA